GCCAAGCUUGGCCAGCAGAGCAGGGAGUUGAAGCGUGAGCUGGUGCAGAUGAGCGAGAAGCAGGAGCAGCUGGAGCAGCGCCAGGGUGAUCACGAACAGAAGAACCACGUGCUGCAGCAGGACCUGGAGCAGUUAAAGGAGUCGCAUGGCCAGCUGACGAGCACCUGCAAUGGUGCCAAAGCCGAGAUCACAAAGCAAGGCAAGACUUUGGGCCAGGUUGACAUUGGCAGCGAGAGCAUUGCGCAACGUGCUCAACGAGUGGAGGCCUCCAUUGCGAGCCUCACUCCUCGCGUCUGCUUCGUGGAGGAGACCGUGAAGGACUUGAUUCAAGAGUUGACCACGAGGCUCCGUGGCCUCGAUGGUACACUUGGAGCGAUGGAGCCUCGCCUCAGCGCCGUAGAGUCUCAGAUGCCGAGGCUACAGGACGUCCUCAAGACUGUGGCCAUCUUGCAAGCAGAUCAGAAGACAGGCGAUGAGACGUCGGCUGCUCGCUUCGAUCGCAUUGAAGCUUCUGUGGCCAAGCUGUCAGCGGAUGCAGAAAAGUCGACGGAGUUCACCGAGAGGAUGCGCGGCUGGGUCGAGAAGAUGGACGACAAGACCCAGCGUUUGGGAUCCACAAUAGCCAAGUUGGAGGACAGCCGAGUCAGCACAGAGGCACUCGUGGCGAGAAGCGAACUCGACUUCGCAGGUGUGCGCGACCAGCUGGAGAACGCGACGACCCGCGUGGCCAACUUCGAGUUUCGCCUCACAGCCUUUGACGUGCGCCUCUGCACUGUGGAGCCUCUCUCAGACAUGAACGUGAAGUUGUGCAGCAUGGAGCCGCGGAUUGCGAAGUUGGAGCAGUUGGAGGUUGGCGUUUCACGGCUGGAGCCGGCCGUCCAAGAGCUCGUGGCCCGUUUCAGCGGCUGCGAAGCUCGGGCGUCGAGCCUGGAGAGCUCCGUCCAGAAGCUGACGGCCACCAGCGACAACCUCCGUGCCGACCAGAAGGCCCUUGCACACCAAGUCGACGACCAGCAGCUCAUGCUGGAGGACGCGAGGACGGAAACCGCUGCAUUCAAGGAAGAGGCCAAGAAGCUGAACUCCCAGGCGCAGGCCAUGCAGAGGGGCCUGGAACAGACAGGCAAGACACAACACAACCUGCAGUCUGACCUCACGGAACUGCAGCAGAACUUGGAGCAAGUGCAGCAACGUCUCAAGACAGAUCUACGUGGAAACGAAGACAGACUAAUAGAGAGCAUGCAGGAAGUGGAUUCCCAAGUUACACGCCGCCUCGAAGAUACCCGAACGACGAUUGACAAGCAGAGUCGUGCCUUGACUCUGCUCCAGCACAGCAGCAAGGAUCUGGAGCGAGCCAUGGAAGGCCUGAAGCGGCAGGUGGAGGACGAGAAGGGGGCAGCGAGCCAGGCCGCGGUUGCGGCCCAGCUGGCGGCGGAGGAGGCGGCCGAGGCCGCCAAGGGCACCUGCGAGGCUUCCAAGGCACUUCUGUCGGAGCACUCCGAGCGACAGGGCUCCUUGGCCCAAGACUUCGAGAAGUGGAGCCACCAGGCCCAGGAGGAGGCGGCGGCGAGGGUCUUGCAGGCGCACGAGGCAGCUAUCGCCGACAUGCUGAAAACCAUGGACCGGCAUCGAUGGCAGACGAAGGAGGAUGCCCUGAAGACUCGAGAGGAACUGAUGACGGUUAUGAAGAGCAAUACCAAGGUCUUCGACGGCAAAGUCGCAGAGAUCAGGGGACGCCUGCAGCUACUUGCUGCCGAAGCCGGCCGCUCUUUGGGAGACCUGAAUCUGGAUGUGGAACGCCUCCGACGGGGCGACUCCAGCCUCUUCCAGGAGAGCACUGUGGAAAGCCCCUCACAAGGAGCCUCCAGCUCCCUUCCAGGUCUCAGAGAGCUUCGGCAUGCUGUCUCGGAUGAAAUCCGCCGGCGAGACCAGGAGCCUCAGCGCAUCAGUGAGAGGCUAAAGGAGUACACCGAGGACAGCACGAUACCAGGGCCCAGUCGCUUGUCUCAGUUCCAGGAGGAAAGCCAAAGCCAAAGCAACAAGGCCUCCCCCAUGGCCUUCACGGUGCUGGAUGGUCUGCGUGGCUGUGAGGCAGCGAUCUCUGCCAUGGACAGGCGUGUGACGAAGCUUGAAGACUGUGUUGAAGACCGCUUAUAUGACAUGGUUCGCUUCGAUGUGGGCAAGCACGCAGCAAUGCAGCAAGGCCAUCUCUAUGAAAUGGGCCAAAAGAUGGAUAAGUUGGUGCAUACUUUGCAUACGCCCUCAGGGCACGAGAACGCCACCACUGCCCAGCUUUCUGCAGGUGCAGGGCCUCUGGGCAGUCGAGAAAGCUGGCGACAGCAAUUUCGCUCUGCUCUGAGUGACUCGACGUACGUGCAGCGGGCUCUGAAGACAAACCGCCGAGCGAGUGGCGAGGACCCUCAAGGGUGA